CAAACCACCCAGUCACAACACAUGCCUCCGGCAAAUCAUGAGCCACUUUGAGACGAGGCCAACCCGGCCACUCCCACACUCGGAUGAGUUCUCCUCGACAGACGAGUAUGUGAAAAGCCUCUUGCAUUUCGCUACCAGCUCGGACCUAUUCCGCUUUCUCUGCGGUGGCGUCCACAUUCUCGAUUUCUUCACCUCCGACCCGGGAGUGUUUGCAGCGGCCGUGCCCAAAGAAUGGCAGGAAUAUCUGGUGCAGACUACCCCCAUGGAUCUUCUGGAUUUUAUGAUGCGGGAUGACCUCUCUUCGGUUUCCCCAACCCCGGGUUCAUGCACACCCCCUGAGUCGCUCAUCCAGUAUGUCAAGGACAUCAGGAAACUCUCUCUGUAUCGGUCGUUCCACCCCAGCAGGCCAAAAUUGCCUGUUCUUCCGAGACAGGUGGCGUUGGGUAUGAAGACUAAAAAGGUCCACGAAGUCACCCACUUCGCGGGGUAUAUUGACAGGCUGGCCGAAGAUGCGGCCCGUGCCUCGGGCGCCGAGUUUACUCACUUUGUAGACUUUGGGAGCGGGCAAAACUAUCUCGGUCGCACAUUGGCUAGCCCGCCCUACAAUAAGCACAUUGUUGCCGUGGAGAGCAAGGAGGCCAACAUGGCCGGUGCCAAGGAUCUCGAUAUCCUAUCGGGGCUGGCCGAGAGGGAGAAGCGUGUGCGCAAUAAAAAGCUCUAUCAUCGGGUCCGCGAGGCCGUAGACCCAUCACUCCACAAUGACGAGGAGGCUCUGAAGCGGGCAGCAAAGAAACUUGGCAUAUCCGACGAGGACAUCACCACCAUCGACCUCAGGUCUCGGAAGGAACUGCAGGCAACAUACGCCGUAGAGGAGGGGAAGGGCACAAUCGAGUACGUCGUCGGUCGCCUCGAGCAUGCCGACUUGACCGACGUGCUCUCCCAGCUGCGCGGUCAGGAGGAUGAAGUUCGGCAGGAGGACCUUCGUAUGAUGGCCAUCUCGAUCCAUUCCUGCGGAAACCUAUCGCAUUACGGCAUCCGUUCCAUGAUCCUGAAUCCGUGCAUCCGGGCUGUUGCCAUUGUCGGCUGCUGCUACAAUCUUCUUACGGAGAAGUUGGGCCCGCCAUCGUACAAACCCCCCUUCAACCGCCCGACUCUGCAGCCCAUCAACGCGCGGGUUACUAGGGAGUCGGAAAGACGGGACCCGCAGGGCUUCCCGAUGAGCGAGCGGGUUUCGACGCACGGAGGGGACGGCAUCCGACUCAAUAUCACCGCCCGCAUGAUGGCGUGCCAGGCCCCGCAGAACUGGACCGACGAGGAGAGCGAUGCCUUCUUUACACGCCACUUUUACCGUGCCGUCCUACAGAAAAUCUUCCUCGACAGGGGCGUUAUCUCUCGGGUCUACCAUGGUGAAGAGACUGACGAGGAGAGCCCCUUUAACUCGAGCACCAAUCCGGUUAUCAUUGGAUCAUUGCGCAAGAAAUGCUACACCUCAUUUGCGGCCUACGUGCGAGGCGCGAUCGCCAAGUUGACCACCAAUUCCGAUUUCAGCCAAUACAGCCAAACCAUCAAGGAGAAGAUGGGCAACAUAACAGAUGAGGAGAUUGCCCAAUACGAAGAGACAUUCCGGCAUCGGAGACGAGAACUGAGCGCCGUAUGGAGCUUGAUGGCCUUCAGUGCCUGUGUGGUGGAGUCACUUAUCGUGACAGACCGUUGGCUGUUCCUCCGCGAGCAUUCUGAUAUUGUCCGCGACUGCUGGGUUGAGACGGUUUUCGACUACCGCGAGAGCCCUCGGAAUUUGGUUGUCGUCGGCAUAAAAAAGUAAAACGAUGGCCACGGAAUCAGCACGGUCGGGGGUUGCAUCCACCCUUGGUUGCAGUCGGAUAGUGCCGGCGGAUAUCUUCCUGAGGGCGGGAGGCCGCUGGCCUCGCACAGCAGCAACUACCCCUCGCCCGGCCAACCAAGACUACUACUCCCAAGUCGAGCAGCGUCGUUCGAUACGGCGCCUGGCAUGUGGAGAUUGGGAGCAAUGGCAAGAAAG